AUCAGGCUGCUGUAUCGCGCAAAAAAAGCAGCUGCAUGGAUAUACGGUAAUCAAAACAGUGACCAUCGACAACUAAGAGGCUGCCUGUUCUAACGGACAAUGUUGCUGACUGACUCGCUACUCGCUCAACAAGCCACCUCUCAAUGCUUACGAAAUGUCGUGACCUUUUGGGCGCUCAUACUGGGGAGCUGGCUGCCCAGUGUGGAUUCCCAAUAUCCCGGCGGGGGGCCGCCUUACGGCGGCGGCUAUGGUGGGCCACCCUGUCCGCAGGGGCAGCCCUUUACCUAUGCUCAGCAGAUCUAUGGACCGUCACCGUCGUAUGCGCCGUAUGGGUACAAUCCGUGUCUAUCGACGGUGGCUAAUACCUCUCUCAUCAACUACAUCCUCAGCGCGGUCCAGUCCUCCUAUCUACCGGUCAAUUUCACCGACACCAACCUCAGCGCCAACUUCACCGCCACUUAUAACGUCUCCAACUACGGCGGGACAUAUGGAUAUAAUCAGCAGCCAGCCUACGGAGCAGUCGGAGCAUACGGUCAACCUCCUUAUGGUGGAUAUGGCGGGUACGGUGGCGCGCCCUACGGCACACCGCUGCCCGGCUCCUACGCCCAGCCCUACCUGGGCGGGGCGUUGCCCAAUGUCCCGUACGCCGUCCAGACGUAUUACGGCCAACCGUUGGUCUAUGGCAACGGCCCGGCGCAAAGUUACGGAGGGUAUAAUGGAGGAGGAUAUCCCGGCGCCGCCGGAGGCUACCCCGGUGGCGCUGCUCCAUAUGGAUAAAUAAAUAUACGACGGGAAUCAUUGUGCAGUCUGACAAUGUUAGGAGCGCAUCACGAUCUGUGUUCAUUCGUUGACCUUUCCAAAAAUUCUCAGCUUAAGUUUUAUUAUGCUUAUGAUUUUGUUAUCUGGAUACAUGAUUUAUUAAGGUUAUUCUGUUUUCUGUUUCCCGUCCAAUAGGCCAUUUUUUAUAAUUGAUGGCUGAAAAAAGAAAC